AUGUUUCAUGCUUGGACUCGAUGCAAUAACAUGAUCAUUGCCUGGAUUCUGAACUCGGUUUUGAAAGAAAUUGCUUCAAGUGUGAUAUACAUCACCACUUGUGUCGGAAUGUGGCAGGAUCUAAAGGAUCGUUUCUCUCAAGACAAUUAUGAUAUGAUUCCUUCAUGCACUUAUGGAGGAAUGCGGGCUAUUUAUGAGAAACACAACCGAGAUCAUGUGUUUAAGUUUUUAAUGGGUCUUGAUGAUUCAUUUGCUCAUAUUCGGGGACAAAUCCUGCUCAAUGAUCUUCUUCCCCCAACUAACAAGGUCUUUUCACUGAUAAUGCAAGAAGAGUGUCAAAAAGAGAUUUCUGUUGCCGCUUUGGUUCAUGAAACUACAACACUCAUGACCAAAACUAAUGCGGCUCCAAUGCAAAAGUCUGGUAAAUGGAUCAACCGCAAGGAGAAACCUAUUUGCUCUCACUGUGGAAUUCCUAGACACACGAUUGACAAGUGUUAUAGGGUCCAUGGGUUUCCACCUGGAUUCAAAUUCACCAAGAAUCAAUCUUCUGCUCAUUCAGUAAACCACGUACAAGGAACUGAUUUUACUAAUGAUUCAACUCCACAGCAUCCCAUCACUAUUGAGCAAUGCCAGCAGCUGAUGGCAUUUAUUCAACAUAAAUCUACAUCUUCACUGCCUGCAGCUCAUUCAAUUGGGCAUGUUGUUCCUCAGCCAAAUCCGAAUACUACAGGUUCUUCAUCAUCUGGGGCUACUGACCACAUGACUUUGAGCUCUUGGAAAACGAUUGGAGUGGGAAAGGAGCACAAUGGCCUUUACUACUUGCAGAUUUCUGGUUCUAUUCAUGUUGAUUCCAGCCCCCGAGUCCUCUCCACCUCAGUCAAAGUUCCUUCAUCUUUUGCUGAUAUUUGGCAUUACAGAUCAGGGCAUCCUUCAUAA